UUAGCCCUCCUGGCCCUUCUCCUCGCGUUCAUAGAAGUUGCUGGGACGGCAGACGGUCAGUGGAGGCUGUUCAGUAUUCAUACGUUUGUGGAAAUUUCGCCUCCCUGCUCGUAUUCGGCGGUGCUACCUUCACGCCGAGGUGGUGUCACAUAAGUGCCACGAUUUGUUUAACCAGCGAAAAAAGAGCCGACAGCGGAUUUUCUUUGGCAGAUUUUUUUUGGGGGGUUUAUUUUAGCUGCGCGCCAGGCACAUAGCACGCUGAUGGCGGUCACUAUCGAGGAUCUCUAUCGAAGCUACGGGGUCCUUGCUGAUGCCAAGGACGACGUCAGCCAGCACAAAGAUGCCUACCAAGUCAUACUAAAUGGUGUGAAGGGCGGGCCCAAGGAGAAGCGCUUGGCGGCUCAGUUUAUCCCCAAGUUCUUCAGCAGCUUCCCGGAGCUGGCCGACGCGGCCAUCAACGCCCAGCUGGAUCUCUGUGAAGACGACGACGUGUCGAUUCGACGGCAGGCUAUUAAGGAGCUCCCGCGGUUUGCAACAGGCGAAAACAUCCUCAAGGUGGCGGAUAUUCUCACCCAGCUCCUCCAGACAGAUGACACGGCUGAAUUCAACCAAGUGAACGUUUCGCUGAUUUCCAUUUUCAAAAUUGAUGCAAAGGGCACCCUCGGCGGUCUCUUUUCGCAGAUCCUUCAAGGGGAGGACGUUGUGCGGGAGCGGGCCAUCAAGUUUCUGUCCACCAAGCUCAAGACUCUGCCUGAGGAUGUCAUGACAAAGGAGGUGGAGGAGUAUGUCUUUGCAGAGACCAAGAAGGUGCUGGAGGAUGUGACGGGCGAGGAGUUUGUGCUGCUGAUGCGCUUGGUGUCGGGCCUGCGUGUGCUGCAGACGGUGAGUGGGCGCCAGCAGCUUGUGGAGCUGGUGGUGGAGCAAGCCUUCCUGGAGCAGGCGCUCAACCCGGCCGAUCUCGACACGGUGGACCGCCUGCUGCAGUGCACGCGCCAGGCACUGCCCCUCUUUUCUAAAAAUGUCCAUUCCACACGUUUUGUGACGUACUUUUGUGAGCAUGUCCUGCCCAACCUCAGCACGCUGACGACACCUGUAGCCGAGCUGGACAUUCAACUUGAGGUCCUUAAGCUGUUGGCGGAGAUGAGUCCUUUCUGCGGCGACAUGGACAAGCUGGAGACCAACCUCAACAUGCUCUUCACCAAGCUUCUGGAGUACAUGCCUCUGCCGCCAGAAGAGGUGGAGAAUGGCGAGCAGCUGGCCAGCGAAGAGCCCAAGCUGCAGUUCAGCUAUGUGGAGUGUCUGCUUUUCAGCUUCCACCAGCUGGGCAAGAAGCUACCCGACUUCCUCAUCGACAAGGUUGAUGCUGAGCGCCUCAAAGAUUUCAAGAUCAGGUUACAGUAUUUUGCCAGAGGCCUGCAGGUUUACAUCAGGCAGCUGCGAGUGGCUUUGCAGGGCAAGACGGGAGAAGCGCUCAAGACUGAUGAGAACAAGAUCAAGGUGGUGGCUCUGAAGAUAACAAACAAUAUCAACGUCCUCAUAAAGGAUCUAUUCCAUAACCCUCCGUCAUUCAAGAGCGCUGUCACUCUGUCCUGGAAGCCCGUCCAGAAGGCCGAGGCGGCAGCCGUGGCUCUUAAGCGUCCGUCUGCCGAGGAUGCUAACACGGACGCCAGCCUGAAGAAGCAGGUGGCCCCGCAGCCUCGACGUGAUGCGCGCCAGAUCUACAACCCACCCAGUGGCAAAUACAGUGCAUCUCUCGGGAACUUUAACUACGAGCAGCGCGGCGGCUUCAGGGGCGGACGGGGACGGGGCUUCGGCACCAGAGGCAACAGAAGCCGAGGGCGGAUCUACUGAGGCGGGUCAUGAGGGGAGUUGGGGGGGGGGGGGGGGGUCGCUCGUCACUCACUGAACUGCAUCAUGUCGGGAUCUUUACCCUCAUCCAAAACGGACUAUGUACCACCACUACUGUCCCACUUCCUUGUUUUAUUUUUUGUCUCCAAUUGGUCUCCAUAUUUUUCAUACGCCCCUCCUCCAACACACACACACACACAGGUGAUCUCUUCUUCCGAAUGGACUUUUCUAUUCAGACCAAUUUGAACCCGUCAAGAAGCCAAGGCCCGUAGCUCCUCUCCCUUGUUGUUUUUUCAAUGACGUGUAUCCGUGUGGAACAAAAAUACUGCCGAGUUGUGACACACAAAUAGUUUUGGUCCUGUUGGGUGUUUUCAAAAAGAAAAAAGUAUUAAAAAAAGGUCCUCUUUUUAGUUUGCAACAUAAUGUUGGAAUGCAUUUGUUUUAACCUUUGUAUUUAAUCUUGUUUUUUUUUUUUUUUUUUUUUUUAUAUAUAAAUUGUUAUUGGUAGAGCUUCAGUUUGAAUUGGCAGACUAUUACAACUUUGUAUGAAUCGAUGAUGUUGUCAGAUUUUUAUCAUAAACUUGAAUGGAAGUAUGAACAAUGGCUGUCAUGUCUUCAUAGAGCAUAAUACACCUACACAAACACACACCAAUAACUUGCUUUUUCUUCUGGUUUUUCUUUUUCCC